GCAUUUAUCUCUAACUUUAAAAAGAAAUAAAAAAGACUAAAUUCAUUUCAAUGGAAGCGGGAAAUAUCUUCUAUACCACCAUUCCAUGGAACCUCAAACGCUCCUUCACUCGCAAUCCCUGUAAUUUCCGGCGCUUCAUCAGGGCUUCAGCAAAUUUACAAUCGCAGAGAGGUUACAAAGGACCAAAGCCCAGUAAAGAUUGGGUAGCCGAUUGGGUAACUAACAACGACGACACCGUUCGGAGCCUGCCAAUUUAUGUUGGAGGAGUGUCUCUGUUGGCUGUGCUUUUUAACCGCACGGUCUCGGGUAUAGCUCCCGUCGCUGAUGCCAGUAGCUCACAAUCCAGAGCGGAUUUGUUGACCAUUGCUUUGGCUGUGACCAAUAUAUUAACAGGUCUUGUUUGGUUGUCAAUCCGGCCAAAGUCCAUCACUGUGGUAAAUCCUGAAGGUGUGGAAUGUCGGAUGAUAUCUUCUCAUCUUCCUGACUUCAUAGUAUCUGAGUUAUUAUGGGCAUGGGAAUCUCUGUCAUCUGCAACAUGCAGUAGGUCACUGGUUGUGGUUUAUGACUCCAUUUGCAUCCUUCAAAUUGGUGUGGCAGCUCAAUCUCCCAAUGAUGGUGAAGUGGUGACUGUGGAUGUUGGUAAAUUGAUGCAAGGAUCUGUCUAUCAAGGUGUUAUGAGAUCUGGAACGCAGAGUUACUUAGCCAACCUAUUUCUCUAUCCGGGUAGGUCCGAAUUACCAUUUCUGCCUUCAAAUACACAGGCAGUAAUCCUGCAGCCACUUGGAGACAAAGGACUUGCAAUAAUUGGUGGAGACACCAUUAGGGGCUUCACAACUUCUGACCAGUCUUGGAUUGCAUUUAUUGGAGAGAAGCUUGAUGCAACACUUGCAAAAUAUUCAAAUACAGUUUCUCUGGUGGUUGAAGAUGGCAUUUCAAAGUGAAUAGAACAAAUUCAAUCAAAUUAAUUGUGCUAACAUUCGUUGUAGCUUUCAAUAAGGUAGAUUUUCUCAGACUUUUAAUACUUCCAACAUCAUGAAAUUAUUGUGAUUCUAAUUUAUUUUCUCCUCUCCUGUCGCGGGGGUUGAAAUUCAAA